UGUGUGUGAUCACUUCCCCAGAUUGUGCCUUGGAAACGAAUAAAAGAGGAGUUUACCCAGCUGGAGGGUUUCUCAACGAGGAUAUGGAUUCCCCGGAUUCUCCACAUGGGAAUAUGGGGCUGUUAAGGACCUUUGAUUCCUCUGAGUUUGGUAGCUGGGAGAAAAUAGGUUCAGGUGGAUUUGGACAAGUAUACAAAGUCCGGCACGUACAGUGGAAAACAUGGCUGGCUAUCAAGUGCCCUCCCUGCCUUCAUGUGGAUGAUAAGGAGCGUUCAGAGCUGCUGGAGGAGGCUAAGAAGAUGGAGGCGGCCAAGUUCCGAUACAUCCUGCCUGUUUAUGGGAUCUGUGAAGACCCACAGGGCCUCGUCAUGGAGUACAUGGAGACCGGCUCCCUGGAGACCCUGUUGGCCACUGAGCCUCUGCCAUGGGAGCUGCGCUUCCGCAUCAUCCACGAGACAGCGGUGGGCAUGAACUUCCUACACUGCAUGAACCCACCACUGCUCCACCUGGACCUGAAGCCAGCCAACAUCCUGCUGGAUGCUCACUAUCAUGUCAAGAUAUCAGAUUUUGGCCUGGCCCGGUGGAACGGCCUGUCACGGGCUGAUGACAUCAGUAGGGACGGUUUCUGCGGCACCAUUGCCUACCUGCCUCCUGAGAGCAUCAUCGAGAAGGACAGAGUGUCGAACACCAAGCAUGACGUUUACAGUUUCUCCAUCGUCAUCUGGGGCAUUCUCACACAGAAGAAACCCUACCAAGGAGAGAAUAAUAUCCUGCAGAUCAUGGUGAAGGUGGUGAAAGGGGUGCGUCCAGACUUGGGGUCAGUGCCACGUUGUCGCCCGUCAGCCUGUACAGGGUUCCUGAGCCUCAUGCAGCGUUGUUGGGCCACAAACCCUGAUGCCAGACCCAGCUUCCAGGAAAUCACUUCUGAAGCUGAGGAACUGUGCUCCAAACCUCAAGAGGAACACAAGACUCCAACCCCAUCUACAUCAGAGCCAGAGCCCUCGCACUGUGACGCUCUCACGGCUGACCAGGUUAAAGACAACAAGCCAGUGCGUCCAAAGUCGGCCAUGUUGCCAGAAAAAGAUUACAGCCUGUCAGAGCUGCUGAGCCAGGUGGAUUCUGGGAUCUCGAGGAGCUUUGACCGAGUGAAGGAGGAUAGCUGCCACAGCAAAGAGAACACUUGCAAGAGACUGUCUGGUAUCUCCUCUGCCGAUUCAGCCUUCUCCUCCCAAGACUCUAUAACACUUUCUUUUGAGAAAGAAAACACAUGUGAUUCUGCAGAGGUCCAAAAACGGAAGCUAUGUGAGGCCAUCAGGACCAAGGACACUGCUAAGCUGAUGAAGAUCCUCCAACCUCAGGAUGUAGAUCUUCUACUCGAUGGAGGAGGUAGUCUACUCCAUCACGCCAUCACCAUGGCCAAUGAGGAAGCUGUUAAGUUCCUCCUCCUGAACAAUGCCAAUCCCAACCUUGCCAAUGCCCGUGGUUCCACACCCCUCCACCUGGCCACAGAGAAGCACCUGAAGCCGCUGGUAGAACUUCUACUUGGUCGGCGCAGCACCUGCGUCAAUGCCAAGGAUGAGGACCAGUACACAGCCUUACACUGGGCUGCACAGAACGGAGAUGAGGCCAUCACACGUCUGCUGCUGGAUAGAGGGGCGGCCAUCAAUGAGACCGAUGGCCAGGGACGCACGCCAGCUCAUGUGGCCUGCCAGCACGGCCAGGAGAACGUUAUCCGGGUGCUGCUGAGCCGUGGUGCUGAGGUUCGAAUCAAGGGCAAGGACAACUGGACGGCGCUCCACUUUGCUGCCUGGCAAGGGCAUCUGGGCAUUGUGAAGCUGUUGAUCAAGCAGGCAGGUGCUGACGUAAAUGGGCAGACGACAGACGGCCGCACACCGCUGCAUCUGGCAUCCCAGAGGGGGCAGUACAGAGUGGCUCGGAUCCUGAUUGAACUCGGAGCAGAUGUUCACUUGACGUCUGCUGGGUUGAACACACCCCUACAUGUGGCAGCAGAGACAGGUCACACCAGUACCUCUCGACUCUUGAUCAAACACCGUGCGGAUAUCCACGCCCAAAACACCCAAGGACUCACUCCUCUCCACCUAGCCUCCCAGCGUGGCAACCUGGCCACAGUCAAGAUGUUGAUAGAAGAGGGGGCAGACCCCAACAAAUCCAACCAGGCGCUACGCACUCCCUGCCACCUAGCAGCAGAGAGUGGACACUGUGAAGUCCUGAAAGAGUUGCUCCUUCACUGUCCAGACAGUGGCACUCUGUCAGAUGAGCAAGGGCUCAGCCCAUUACACCUGGCAGUACAGGGUGGAUACUCAAACAUCAUCACUAUGCUGCUGCCACAGGAAUGCCAGGACUUAGUUACUGAGACCUCAGUGCAACCAGAGGAUGAACAGCAACAAGAACCUGCACCACCGGAGACUAAACGGCUUCAGAGGAAAGUUGUCAUUCUUAAGCUGACGGAGCACAACAAAGACAGUCCGCAGGCUGCCAGCUCGCAGUGCGCCUCAGCACCCUGCUAACAUGAGCAGUAAAACUGCCAAAACUGUACAGAACUGUUCAAUGUCUUAUUCUCCAUUGGUGCCUCAGAGUUGGGGAGGGGGUGGUCAUUCCAAACCUUUUUGGACAAGUUUUUUAAAACUUCAAAGCCCCUUUAGCACUGUAGGUAUUUUAUAAUGGUUGGAAAAGCUUUGAUGUAAAUAUGUAUACUGUAAAUACAAAGUAUAAAUAGAGUACAAUACCCUCUGUUGUCUUAAAAUGUAGACGUUUGUUUACUUUUUUACUUAACAAGCACAGUUUUUUUACUUAACAAGCACAUUUUGUAUAUUGAAAUGUAAUUAGGAAGCAUGUGACCGUUGGAGACCUUUUUAAAUAUGCUGCACUGCAGCUGGUAUGCCUGUAAGUUAUAUUUAAUAGAACACAAACCUCAGUCACAGGCUUUAUUAGGUGAAUGCUGUAAAUCAUCAGAGCCAUUGCAUUAUUAAAAAAACGUUGACUUUCAGUGUUCUGUACCUGUUACAUAUCAGUGCUACAUCAUCCAUUAAAACACUUUUAA